UCAACUGAAGGGCUGAGUGAGUGAGACACAGAGGAUAAGAUAAAGUAAAAAGAAAGACAUGUGACAGUGAAUACUUGCAGGAACUACCUGAACAGUUAAAUUUCUACUUUUUAUGGGAGGCAGAAAACAAAACAACUACCUGUGGAGAUGGGAAGCACAACCCCCCCAUUGUAUCUCAAUGUGAGUGAGAAGAUGAUCAACUCGACAUCAGACCCUGCUAAGAAUGAGGAGGCUUACAGUGAGGCAACAAUGAUCCUGCUGGGCAUGAUCAUGUCCUUACUCGUCCUCUGCAUAGUCUUUGGCAACAUCCUGGUCAUAAUAGCUAUUGCCCGCUUCCAGCGUCUCCAAAAUGUCACCAACUGUUUCAUCACGUCCCUGGCCUGUGCUGACCUGGUAAUGGGUCUCAUUGUGGUUCCUUUCGGUGCCUGUUACAUCAUCUUCAAGACCUGGCACUUUGGUAGUUUCUGGUGUGAGUUCUGGACUGCGACUGAUGUGCUUUGUGUGACUGCAAGCAUCGAGACCCUGUGUGUCAUAGCUAUAGACCGUUACUUGGCCAUUACUUCUCCCUUCCGCUACCAGUCGAUGCUGACCAAGGGCAAGGCUCGCAUUGUGGUUGUGCUGGUGUGGGUGAUUGCAGGCUUGAUAUCGUUCCUGCCCAUCCACAUGAAGUGGUGGAUAUCAGAUGAUAAGGAAGCUAAGGAGUGCAUUGAGGACAGUAACUGUUGUGAGUUCUACACCAACAUGGCUUAUGCCAUCACCUCCUCUAUCGUCUCCUUUUAUAUCCCUUUGGUCAUCAUGGUUUUUGUCUACAGCCGUGUUUUCCAGGAGGCCAAGCGCCAGCUGAAGAAGAUUGACCAAAGUGUUGGACGUUUUCAUAACAGUGACAACAGCAACCUCAAAUCUCUUGAGGCCAACAAUGGGCGUGGCCAGAAAAAGGCCAAAUUUUGCCUGCGGGAACACAAAGCCCUAAAGACUCUGGGAAUCAUCAUGGGGAUCUUCACUCUGUGCUGGCUGCCCUUCUUUCUGCUCAACGUGGUGGUGGCCAUCUGGAAGGUGGAGGACAUCGACCUCACCUUUAGGAUUCUCAACUGGAUAGGUUACGCAAACUCUGCCUUCAACCCGCUGAUUUACUGCCGCAGUCCUGAGUUCAGAUAUGCAUUCAAGGAAAUCCUCUGCAUGAAGAGGAACCGCCUCAGCAACCCAGGACCUGUGAAUGGAUACAUCUACAGUAGGCACAGCUGGCAGAGUGAGCAGCAGGGGAGAAGUAAGGGCAGCUCGGAAGACAGUGACACCCAUGAAGGGUGCAUGGGGAAGGGAGCGGGGGUUUGCAGCGUUGUGGACAGAACAGUGGACCCCAACGGAAAUUGCAGCAAAGCCCUAACAACUGUAACAACAGUCCUUUAAACCUGGAUCUCUGCGACUUCUGUCAACAGGGUAAUCCGUUAAUGUUUACACUGCUACCAUGAACUUUUUCCAAUUGACUAUUGAAGGUAAGGCCAGUCAAACUGACUGGAGACUGCUUUAAAGAAACUGUAAUAAUCAUGUUCAGCUGAGGAAAGUGUUCUUCUUCCUCUUGCAAAACAGUGAUUAAAUAGAUAGAUCACCUUUCUUUCUGUUACAUUUAUCAUGUUGAUUUUAAAUCUACCUCACCACAUUUUCGUCAAUAUUUGUUUCUUAACCGUUUAUCUAAACUAUUUCACAUUGACUCACUGUCCACAGAGUUACACUAGGGCCGUAUCUCAGCAGUUUAUUUACUCUACUAAAUGGUCUCUGAAUGAUAUAAAGUAAUUGUUAAUUACCUGGCUCCAAUUUUAUUUGAAGGCAUGUUUUUUUAUAUCUUGGCAUUCUUAGCGAAAGAUCACAUAAUUUACUCACAAGAACAUGUUUAUGUGUUUCGAAGGAAAUAUUGGAGGCUGUAAAGUCUGUUCGGGCAAUCCAAUUCAGCGUGGAUAGUGAAUAACAUAUUUAUACAUGAAUACAUUCCAAACCAACCAAGAUUAAAUUUAAUUUUCCAGUUUGUGAUAGAUUUUCUAAUGUGACAGAUGAUCAACACCAGGUGUGGCAGAAAUCUGUCUCCCUCUCUCUCUCUCUCUCUCUCUCUCUCUCUCUCUCUCUCUCUCUCUCUCUCUCUCUCUCUCUCUCUCUCUCUCUCUCUCUCUCUCUCUCUCUCUCUCUCUCUCUCUCUCUUUCUUUCUCUUUCUUUCUCUCUCUCUCUCUCUCUCUCUCUCUCUCUCUCUCUCUCUCUCUCUCUCUCUCUCUCUCUCUCUCUCUUUCUCUCUCUCCUCAGUGCUCUGCAAAGUUGUGAGGCCCAGCUCCCUGCAUGCUCUAAUGUUUUACAGCCUGUUGCAUGGGAGUUUCUGUUGCCAGCAGAUAGUAGAAGAGAUAAGAAGGCUCAUAGUUAUCUUCCCGAUGUAAGCUGAGAAACGCCUGGAGCCAUCCUCUGUUAGUCACUUGAUAAAGCUUGCAAGCUUGUGUAUUUAUCAGCAAGAUUCCAGCCCCAAAGAUACCUAAUACACUUCGGUCCAAAGCAGACAGCAUUGUUGUUAAUCCUAGGUAUUGACCUUUAAAACUUGCAGCUGUUGUAUAAAUUUCAGUGCAUUAUUGUUUUAAAACCUUUGCUACUGCACAGUCCAAACCAGUCAUAUCUUGCGUUCACUCCACUGGUUCAUUUUUGAGACAUGCAAACACUAUUUGGUACAUUACAUUGCCAUUACUUAAGUGUACUAUAAGGGGUAGCAAACUGUUACUGUUUCUUUUCCUUUCUGCUGGUGGCAACAGAAAUGGUUUUCCCUAUUGUUGCACAAUCCCUGUUUGUUUAUGACAUUUUGUGGUUGCUGUGCUUCAGUAUGUACAGUGUUUACUGAAACUAGAGAAGCUGUUUCCUCAGCCAUGGCACAAGGGUACAAACGACGCACUAUAAUAAACAGAGCGUCAAAAUAGCCAAGUGAUAACAAAGUUCCAGGUCCAAGAUGUGCUAGUGGCUAUUCAGACCUGUAAACACAGAUGAGAAAAUCAGUCAAUCAGCACUCCUGAGCUGUGCACCUUUGUGCUCCCUGCCUGACAUGUCCCAGAAUCUCCUCUUUGUAAACGGAUGUCGGGAUCAUCAUGAAAUCUGUCAGCAUUUGGAACGAGCGCUCAGGAGUGUGUUGGGUAGUUCCUCAGCUGUUUCAGUCAGUUUCAGCGAGUGUCCUUUUCUCGUUUAGGGCAUUUGCCGACUCCGGGAAAUGCCCUAAACCAACUGAGCCCAGCCCAAUAAAUUCACAAAUAAAUGAAUUAUCUCUGCUGUUUAGCUGGAGAAUCAAAUACUGCCUUCCUAAACAAAACACUGAGAUAGAUUAGUAGAUCACAAAGUAUACAGUUCUCCGUUUUCAGGCUGUGAGGUGAUCCAAAGAGCAAGCAUGAAAUGAUUCUGUCUUAUUAUUCGUCUUAAGAUCACAGGCUCCUGGGACUGUUGUGUCGCCUUUUGAUUUAUUAAUGAAGGAUGAGUACUUAGUAUGCAGGGCUUUAAUUUGAGGAUUACCCCGACUUUUCCCAGUUGAAAUGGCAGGCAAGUCCAUUACUCCAAGAGAAAUAAUGGAGGUGUUGCAGUGGAUCCAGUGUGGUUAGCGAUCACUAGUAUGUUCUGAUCGAAGUGACAGCAUGCUAAAUGUGGCUCCUGAAGGCAGGAGGGGGAGCAGGGAUUCUCUGCCAGUCUAAAUCCGUGUUAGUGACCUGUGUUUUAGUGCAUGUGGCGUUGCCCCUUGAGUAAGGUCAGCUGACGCUGUCAAAACUGUGAA